AUGGUACUCCCUACCAGGGAGCAUUCGAUCAAUUCCUUCGAAAUGUUUGCGGAUGCUUUCAUCAAAGCACACACUGGUGCGAAGAAUGUGUCUGCAAGAAAGGCUGAUAUCUUCAAAAUAGCUCUGGAAGAUACAAAAUUGUUACGGGAAUUUGUUAUAAGAUUACAAAAUAAACGGAUGUUGCUACCAUCAGUACCGGAUGAAUGGGCGGCAGAGGCAUUCACUAAAGCCAGGUUACUCGCGGCAAUCGGGAAGAUUGAGGGUGCAAAAUGGCCCAAACCAAUGCAGUCAGACCCUAGUCAGAGGAAUCUAAAUUUGUUCUGCGAUUAUCAUGGGACUCAAGGGCAUCGGACCUCUGAUUAUCAUUACUUACGUGAUGAGGUUGCGCGGCUAUUAAAGGAUGGUCAUUUAAAGGAGUUUUUGAGUGAUAGAGCUAAGGAGAAUUACGGUAAGAAUAGGGAUUCGAGCAAACAAGAGGUUCAGGUUGAGCUGCAUCAUGUGAUUAAUAUGAUAACUGACGAACCUAUGGAUACCAGAAUGUCCUUUUCAAUAAAAAAGGAUAAGUUGUCGGAAGCAUAUGAUCAAAGAGCCCAAGGACUUAUGCAUGAGGUUGUAGUAUCGUUCACCAAUGAAGAGGCGAAAGACUUAAUUUCACCUCACCCCGAUACUCUGGUAAUUUAUGUUAUGAUUAAUCAUUGUAGAAUUACAGAUGUUGUGAUUGAUCGAGGUAGUUCGGCCAAUGUCAUUCAAUGGGGAGUCAUUGAACAACUGGCAAUGACGGGCGAAUUGACGCCAUUCGUGAGAGUAUUCAAUGGAUUCAGUGAAGCAAGUAAAACAACGAAGGGGCAAAUCGAGCUACCAGUUAAUACAGGUGGUGUGAUAAAAAAAAUACGAGGUUUUACUGUAACGACCCACCUGUUCGUUAUAGCGCUUUUGACCUAA